UGAUGAUUCCUCCUCCUCCACCACCACCACCACCAAAAUAAAUUGAAAAAGAAGAUGCUUUUAGAAAGAAACUCUUAGAAAAAUUUGGUAAUUUCGAAGGGUCAACAACUGAUGAAAUUGAAAAAAAAUUAAAAAAAUCAGAAGACAUUGAUGAAACUUGUUUUAGUGAAGCUGAUGGAACUGGAGUUUUAGAAAACUAACCUCUAGAUACUUCAAAUUGUACACAAUGUGAAAGAUGUUAAAAAUGGAUAAAAAAUGAAUCAUAUUAACAUCAUUUAAUCUGCCAUUCUUCAAGGGUAAUACUAUAAUAUUAUUACUACUAAGAUUUUAGAUUGGUUGUAUUUGGGAGCGGCAAUUAAUUCAGAGAAUGAAAUUGAACUUGAUCUAAGGACGAAUGUUACAUAUAUAUUGAAUGCUGCUGCAGAAUGCUAAAAUUUUUAUCCUUAAAAAUAUUAAUAUCUAAAAUUACAUUUAAUGGACACUAUUGGUGAAAAUAUUUUAGUUCAUUUUAAUGAAGCUUAUGAGUUUUUAGGUAAUAAUUUAAAAGUAAUAAAAAGAAAAAUGCAGAAAGGAAGGUAAAUGUGCCUUAGUGCAUUGUUAAUUGGGUAAAUCUAGAAGUGCUACUAUUGUGAUUAUGUAUUUGAUGAAACAUCUUGGUAUGAACUUAAGAGAAGCAUUUAAAUUUACUAAAGAAAAACGUUAUAUUGUCAAUCCUAAUAUUGGAUUUAUUAGAUAAUUACUCUAGUUUGAUGAGCAAUUAUAUGGAAAGAAAUCAAUCACAGCUCAUGAAAUCAAUCCUUUAUGCAGUGUAGAGUUUGAUUGAU